AUGUCCGCUGAACCAGUCAAGCCUAACAACCCAAUCACAGAUGAAGCCGAGGGCUACGUCAAGCCCGAGAUGGUCGUCAAGAACUUUGCCAAAACUUACGAUACCCCACCAAGGGAUGCUUACCAGAACUUCAUCAACCUGAUGGGUAGUCUUUUUGGCUGCUGCGGUGUUUUCUGCUUCCUUUGUGAAAAUCCAUACAAGACCGUCGACCAGGGUGAGGUUGGCUUGGUCCAGACCUUCGGUGCCCUCUCCAGAACCGUUGAGCCUGGUACCUCGUAUGUCAACACAUGGUCUGAGAAGUUGUCAAGAGUCAACAUCAAGAUCAAUGCUAAGAACUUGCCUCCACAAUCGUGUUUCACCAGAGACAACUUGUCUGUUUCCAUCACUUCUGUCGUUUACUACAACAUCGUGGACCCCCAGAGGGCCAUUUUUGCCAUCUCCGAUAUCCACUCUGCUAUCACCGAGAGAACUCAAAACACCAUGAGAGACGUCAUUGGCUCUCGCGUGUUGCAGGAUGUGGUGGAGAAGAGAGACGAAAUUGCCGAUUCCGUCCAGGGCGUGAUUGCCAGAACCGCCGCCGAGUGGGGUGUCCACAUUGAGGCCAUUUUGAUCAAGGACUUGACCUUGCCUGCCUCUGUCCAGGACUCCUUCGCUAAGGCUGCCGAGGCCAAGCGUAUUGGUGAGGCCAAGAUUAUCAAUGCUAAGGCCGAGGUCGAGAGUGCUAAGCAGAUGAGAAAGGCCUCCGACAUCUUGAGUUCUCCUGCCGCCUUGCAGAUCAGAUACUUGGACGCUUUGCAGAACAUGAGUAAGAGCUCUGGCUCCAGAGUGAUCUUCAUGCCAUCUGCUGACCAGAUUGAGCGUAUUGUCCACAACCAGAGUCUGUCACAAGGAAGACCCAUUGAGCCCAUUGAGGAGGAGCCUGUGAGCCCCAAUGCCACGGGCCUGGACAACACCAAACACCUAGUUGACACUAUUGCCUUGCAGGAGGCUAUGAAGUAA